AUAUAUGCAUCGAGCGAUGUUCGUGCAGCGCAGGCUCCACAGCACUUCACCACCGCUACACUACGGAGGUAACUGGGUCUGGGCACGAAACUCUGACUGAAAUUUACGUUAAGUUGUAAACUGUUCUAACAUGGCUAACAAUCCAGCUCCAACACCAGAAAGGGCGAUCUAUGGUUUUGUUCUCUAUCUUGGAUCUAUUUUAGGGUUCGGUCUUUAUCUAAUAUGGGCUUAUAUUCCAGUGGAGCUGCUACAUUCGCUUGGACUUACAUAUUGGCCACAAAAAUACUGGGCUUUAGCACUUCCUGUCUAUGUAUGUGUCUUCCUGUAUUUCAUCUAUAUCUUCUAUGUUGGUCAUAGUUUUCUUAUUACACCAGCCCCAGAUUCUAUGAAAACACUAACAGAUAAAUAUGCCAAGGACCCGCCAAAGGUUGACCCACCCCCAGAUGCUAUUCCACCGAUAUAUGAUAUUCACAUUAGUGAGGUUAAUAGACAUCUAUAUAUGAAUGGGAAGCAGGAGAGAUGACAAGAGCAUACAUUAGUGCUAGCUGAACAAUUGUCUCAUGGUCACAGUGAUUCUGUGUUUCCUUGGGUUGGUGUCCUCACUACAUCUCUGCAAGGUUCUUGUAAACUUCAUCAAGGGGUAAUCUUAUACCCUUCCGACAGAUAGACGUCCAGAAGAGCAUUUCAUCAACAUUUUUUCUGACAAGUGGUCGAAUCUGACAACUUUCCUUGAUAUUGAUUAGCUAAUAAACACAGUUCCUUUUGUAACUGUCAGAUAAAUCAUCAAACGGGUCCUUUUAGAUGCUCCCUGGAUCACCUAUGACUGACAUCACAGACAAGAUGUAAUUCAUCAAGGGUUGUACCACAGUUUAAUAAGCCAAACUCACUCUAGACCGAUUGAAUAUAUCAUAUUAUUUCCAAUCAGUUUGUUUAGAAUCGUUUUAUGGGGGGUAAUGAAGUGUGAUGUCAUCAAUUUUUCACUUGUGUAUUUCAGCAUUUUUAUGCCAUAUUUUGGUAGAGCAUGAUGAAAUACCUCCACAAUCUAAAUUUGUUGGGAAUCAGUCCAUGAAGCCCAAAGUAUGAACACAAAAUUAGCCCCAUUGAAGUAUUAUAAUAGAAAUAAACAUAAAUUCGUAUAGUGCAGCUUUUAUAUGAAUAUAUUCAGCUGUGCUUAUUCAAAGCUCUUUUUACCCAAUUCUUUGUGGACACAGCAAUUUUCUUGAUUAAAGAGAUAUGUUUUUAAAUUUUGAUUUCUUAUGUCAGUUGGGGGUAGCAAGUGCAAAUGCGCGAUCGCCGAGUGUGACUUUCGUUUUGUGAGAGGGAUCUGGAACAAUAAUUUAUCUGUGGGACUUCGCAGGCUUUGACUAUGUGAUUGGGUUUUAAGUUUGACUAAUUAUGUUUAGUAGUGUGGGACUUGACCUAUUAAUGACUCAUGUGCAUUUAACAUAAUUCAAUUUGAAUGAAAUUCUUUGACGCACUGGCAACCAGUGGAGCUCUCUCAGAAGAGGCGUAGUGGAACUGAACUUUAGUACAUGAUAGACAAGUCUUGCACAUGAAUUUUGGACUCUUUGUAACUUAGAAAUAAGAUUAUCAGGCAUUCUAAACAGCAAACCAGCGUAUUAUUGAAAUCAAUGUAUUAUUGUCCCGUUUCUAAAUGUUACGAACCAGCCAAUUGUCAAACAGGUUUUUGAUGUUAUUUGUUUACUUUGUGUGACAACCCUGGCAGUCCACAUGAUGCACAUUGUAUAUUGUUAUUUUCAUUGGUGCAUUGUGCAAUAUUGUAUCAUUAUCUUUUAUCCAUUUUUCAUUGCCAAAAUAAAUAAUAAAAACCUCAUAACAAUAGUUU